UGCAGUACUUGUAUUUUAGCGUCCUGCCAUCGUAAGAAGAUGAACGUCCAAUAUUUUCUCAUCCUACUGCUCUUUCAUUACACUUCUCAAGCCAAUGGGAACAGCCCGCCUCAGUUCACAGCGCCAUCUUUACUUGUGAUUAAGGAAGAUCGUCCGAUAGGGUAUGUUGUUGGAACACUCAGGGCUACCGACUCAGACAGAGACAGGCUUACUUUCAGUGUUUCAGCCAGUGGAUAUUCAUUCAACCUCGUCCAGGUCUCUAACAACCCCGGCAGCGCUGAGGCAAACAUCACGUUAAACUCUCAACUAAAUUAUGAGACAGUCACACAGUUUGAUGUUGGGUUCACUGUAUCUGAUGGCGUUAAUACGUUGACCAGAACUGUCACUGUAUAUAUCGUCAACGUAAAUGACAACGCACCCCUCUUCAGUACGGUUCGUUACAUUGCAGAUGUUCUGGAGAGCACUCCAGUGGGGACCAAAAUCCUCAGAGUGGAGGCGAUGGACCCAGAUUAUGGCCCACCAACAUACUGUUUCUACUCAAAGGUAUGA